GCAUUCGGCACUGAUGGCAAUCACACUCGAAAUCUCAUCACGCUUUAUUAUAUCACGAUUGGAUCAACAAACUCGAGCUACUCACACGACAAAAUGAAAUUCCUCAUUGUAUCCCUCGCUCUAGUCGCCAUCGUUGCGGCCCAACAGCGACAGCCGAUCGCCAUCUUGAGGCAAUCGCAGGACUUGUCGCCCGAAGGAUCUUACAACUACGCCUACGAGACCGAGAACGGGAUUGCCGCUUCCGAGACGGGCUCGCCGCAGCCCGUGGGACCCAAGGGAGAGCCCGCGGUGGUGGCUCAGGGCCAGUUCCAGUACACCGCUCCCGAUGGCACCCCGAUCGCCAUCAGCUACGUCGCCGACGAGAACGGCUUCCACCCGCAGGGCGCUCAUCUGCCGGUCGCUCCACCGGUACCGGAACUGAUCCAGAGAGCCGUCAACUACGUCCUGACCCAUCCGCAACCCGAAAAUCAACAAUAAACGAUCGACGACACUCGGGCCGCGUUCAGAAAUCAGCGUUUAAUGAACGAUGACCGGUGAUUGUUACUUCGCAAUAAGAGAAUAUUCUACAGAUUCUCUGUCAGAUAUUCAAAAUCACACACAGGUUUGCCGAGCGCUGACUUCUGUCGAACGCAGCCAAUAUAGAUAUUUCACGGACUAGACGCCAUAUCUCUCGAAGCGUGUAGACAUAUAUGUGUGUGUAGGUUUACUUAUUUUUAAUAUAAAUAUUUCUUAAAAAAAAAAAAAAAAAAAAAACCAAUUGUCACGAAGCAUGUAAUAUUCUACAUCUGCUAACACUUCCGAGAUAUAAAUCGAUACCACCUUCUGUUAAGAACGCAAAAAAUCAUAAAUAUAAUACAAAUUUUAUACAAAAUGAUACCACACAGAUCUUUAAUUGCUCACAAUUUUGAUUGUAAUUAUUGUACAAUACAUAUAUUUUUAAGUG